AUGGCGCAGAAGAACAACUUGAUUGAAACCACCUUGGAGCGCCUCACUAAGCAAAACCACGCUUCCAUGAAGGUUUUGCUUCGCUACGUCUACUGUGAAAUCAAGCAAAUGCCCAAUGCGAGAGGAGGUUCCUGGUGCAAAAUGAUUAUGCGCUUCGUCGACAAGGAAGGCAAGGGUCUGUACGCGGAGCUUCGCGCGUCGGACGCCUCCACUCUGAAGAAGGUGGCUGAUCCCUGGAACCAGGAUGUCUUCUAUGCCACGCACCUCAAGCCGGUCAGUAAUAACAAAUUCUUCGCUGGGCUCUAUGUGGAUUUGUCAGAUAGAGCCUCGAGGGCCAAAGUGAUUCCGGUUGCUUCUUCCCACCCGUCGGACUUCUCGGUGUUGGCGACACAGUGCCAAGGGCGCGAGCGUGUGGAUGUCAUUGGACUGGUCACGGAGCUCGAGAUGCCGAAUACCUCCAAGCCCAAAGCCAACCUCUGGUUAAAGGACACGUCGGGCAAGGAGAUGCUGGUGAACAUCUGGGGCGACCGCUUCGUAAAGAGUCUGGCUAACGCGCACAAAGGUAGCGUCGUUCAGAUCGACAACCUUUCCCUGCUGAAGAAGGAGAACGAUUCCAUCGAAGGCGCCGCGGAACAUUUCAUCGACAACGACAAGCACGGCUUUAGUAUGCUGCACGUGGACCCCAUAGGCGAUCGGGCACGGGAGCUUCGGGAUCUGGAACCCACGCAAGGCGAUCGCAUCUCUGUUCCUUGGUGCCCUUCCUUGAGUGGUGGCGGCAAGCUGACCACUGACUUCGGGCCCUGCUACGUCGCAUGCGCCGCAACUAUGAAUGCAUUCGGCAGCGCAAUGGAGCAGGGAUCAACGCAGGAGAAAGUCGAAGUGGCCCUGCACAACGUCUGGCUCGUCGACAUCGUUGGGGAUCCAGUCUAUACUCCGUGCAAAGUGUGCUCGACGAAGAUCGACCCAACUUCCGGUAAGUGCAAGCGUGCCACCGAUGGAUGUCAGACGGAGCCUGCGGAUGCCCAGCGAGUGCUGGCCACCGUGCACUUGGCGGACUGGACGGGGCAGCUCAGCAACGUGCUUGUGGGAGGACCGGAGCUGGCGGCGCUGGCCCGGGUCCGUGACGAAGAGAAGCUGGUUGAGUUGAUCCAGUUGAAAGGCGAGUGUGACCGGCGGACUUGGACCCAGUUUCAAGUCUUGGCAGCUCGCGCCUGCUUCGGGGAGGAGUACGACGAGGACCGGCGUCCGAUGGUGAAAAAGGUCACCCGUCUUGCGACCGAGAAGCGAGAUGGUGCUGUGCUGCCAGUCCAGUGUCCGAUUGCCGAUUUGAUGUGCUCAGACAUGGGCACCUUCUUCAAGUUAGGCGGUGUCUUCGCAAACUACGUGACCGUUGUGGCCUUUGCCGAGGACGAGCCCACCGUGGAGGAGGGGUUCAAGGACGAGGAGAAGCACCUGUUGACGAAGCACAAGGAGGUGUACUCGCACACGCUCGAGCGUGUAGGAGACAGAAAGGCAUUCGGGAUCGAGGCUUUUUGUCAACUCACAAAUUGCUUCCUCUUCAACAUGGCAGACGGCCUUCCGCGCUUGAUCUUGGGCCGUGUGAUCAAGAAUGCUGCAACCCAGGAGGUGGUUUUGCAGGUGGAAUGGAUGUCGAAAGUGACACCUGAGCAGAUCACGACAUUCUCGAAGGAGCGUGAGAUGGUCUGGAACCUCCUCAAGGGCGGACCGGCGUUGCAAAGCAACAAACGACCUGCCAGCAGCCUCGUGCAGGAGACGCCAUCGAAAGUGAAGUGCAGCGCUUGGGAAAUGAACUGA